AUGAACGCCGCAGCUGACGCUGAUACGGCUAGCUCUGAACCAGUUGAAGCUGCUGGAGCUGACGCUGCUUCCCACUCCGACCUUACAAGGCGGCGUGACUUUCCAGCUGCAUCACAGAGCACGGCAGGCGUUGGCGACUUGUGCGGGUGGCCGCUGCCUGCGGCCCCUACCGCACGGGAGACGGAGGUGGGGUUUGAGGGCGGUUCGGUUUGGUACAGCGCGAAUGGCAGCGCGUGGAUGCAGCACGCGAAUCUGACGACGCUCCUAGCGGGGAUGGCGGCGGGAAUGGUACAGGCGGCAGUGGAAGAUCGGGAGCCUGUAUGCGUGGCGGUGCAUCUGCCACCCCAAUGGUUCCCGUGCGCCGACUCGCCAGCGGGCUGCGAGCUGGCAGUGUGGGUGCGGCCUGGCUCGACGGACGUGGCGCUGCUCAACCAUGCGUUCAACAAGCGCGCCUUCAGCUUCCUGCGCCCCUCGCUACUCCCGCGCUUCCGCCCCGCCGCCAUUCUCGAUGCCGGCGCCAACAUCGGCCUCGCCUCCCUCGUCUUCGCCAUGCGCUUCCCUGAUGCGCUCAUAGUGGCGGUGGAGCCGGCGCCCAACAACUUCGCCCUGCUGCAGCGCAACCUGAAGCAUCUCCCCCAGAUACUGCCAGUCAAUGCCGCCCUCUGGUCGCACGACUCCCGGAUUGCCGUCACUAUUGGCAUCAGGGGGGGCUUCUGGGGCUACGAGACAGUCCCGUGUGGGCAUCAGCAAGCGAGGGGAGAGCAGCAAGCGGGGAGAGAGCUGCAAGAGGGGGGAAAGCAACAGGAUGAGGUGGACGAGCGGCAGCAGCAGCAGCAGCAGCAGCAGCAGCAAAUAUCCAGCAGCACAGUGAAUCCCCUGUCACCAGCAUCACCUGGUGCCGCCAAGCUGCCACCCGCUUCUCCCUCCCCCUGCAUGGCGGCCGUGUCAGUGCCCUCCCUGCUGCAGCGCCUGCACCUGCUGCGCUUUGACUUUGCCAAGAUAGACAUUGAAGGCGCCGAGCUGCAAGUGUUCUCCCCCUCUGCUCUGGCGAGCGCAGUGAGGAGGGACAGGGAUGAUGGGGGCCUUGGAGGGGCAAGUGGAGGGAUGGCGAGAGGAGGGCAAGGAGGGAAUGGAGGAGGAGGAGGAGGAGGAGGAGGAGAAGCAGGAGGAGAAGCAGGGGGGUGGCACCGGGAUGUGGCGGUGCUGUCGAUGGAGGAGCAUGAGGACAAGGCGCCGGGCAUAGGCGUGCGCAUGAAGGAGGUGUUUCCGCGCGCACGGUAUGACGUGCGCAAAUAUGGCGAGAACACUGUGUACUUCAACCCCCGGCUGGGGGUGCGUGCCACGGCCCCAAUAGUCAGCCUCUUCAGACUAAUCUGGCCUUGGAAGGGCUGA